AUGCGCUCAUCAGCAGCCGCAGCAACAGCAGCAGCAGCAGUAGCAACAGCAGCAGCAGCGGGAGGCUCCCUAGGAAGCAAAAAUGUUUAUUACUCUUUAAGGAAUUGUCUUUUAUAUAAUUUGCUGCUACCCUCAAGGGGGCCCCCUCUAGGCAGCAGCCUGGGGGGCCCCCCUAUCUGUACCCUAGCAGCAGCACGGUUGAGUAUCCGGCAACUGUGUGCUGCAGCAGCAGCACAUGGGGAGGAGCCCCUGCAGCAGCAGCAGCUACAGCAGCAGCAGCAACAGCAGCAGCAGCAACAGCAGCAAGAGCAGCAGAAGACAUGUGGGGCCCCACAACCCUCAGUACUACCAUGGGGGAAGCACAAACAGCUGCAGGCUAUGCAGCAGCAGCAGCAGCAACAGCAGCAGGAGCAGCAGCUACGGCAGCAAUUGCCUGAGAGGGUGCAGCAGCUGCUGCCGCGCACUGCAGCAAGAGCAGCAAUUGCUGCAGCAGCGCAGCAGCAAACAAGGAGGGCAGGUCUAUUUAGGCGGGCACUAAGACUUAAUUCUGCUGCUGUUGCUGUUGAGCUGCAUGCGCUAGCCAACAGCAGCAGCAGCAGCAGCAGCAACCCAGCAACAGCAGCAGAUAUAUUGAUAGGCACCUACAGCAGCAACAAUAGGAGCGAGGCAGACUGGCAAGAGACAGGCGAGCUGCUGCUGCUGCUGCUGCAGCGGCAGCAGCAAAUACUUCCUUCUGUGUCUCUGCAGCAGCUAGCUGUCUCCUUAGAUGCUGCUGCUUCCUUCCCUAUUAAUUGUCUGCAGCAGCAGCAGCAGCAGCAAGUUGCUGCAUGCAUGCGCUCUCUAGCAGACAGAGCCAGGCUACUGUUGCUGCAGCAACGGCCAGGAGGAGCAGCAACAACCUCUGCUGCAGCAGCAGCACCUGCAGCAGCAGCAACGCCUGCAGCAGCAGCAGCAGCAGCAGGUGCUGCAGACAUGCCAGUAGCAGCAGCUCUUCUUGUUGCUGCUGCAUCUCGUAAGCCUCCGCAUAUACAGCUUGCUGCUGCUGCUGCAGAGCGAAUCAUUUCCUUAACAGCAGCAGCAGCAGCAGCAACAGCAGCAGCAGACAAGGAGGCACAGCAGCAGCAGCUCGCAUACCUGCAGUCUCUCCAGGAACGGCUAAAGGCUCUUGCAGGAAGCAGACCCCCUGCUGCUGCUGCUGCACCUUCUGUUGCUGCUGCACCUGUUGCUGCUGCUGCCGGAGACCAACAGAAGCAGCAGCAGCAGCAGCAGCAACAGCAGCAGCAGCAGCAGGUAUCUCUGUUAGGUAUUAGGGGUUUGUGUUCUGUAUGUAAGGCGUUGUUAGCAAUAGGAAAGAGUUGCUGCAGUGCUGCUGCUGCAGGGCAACAGCAGCAACAGCAGCAGCAGCAGCUACCGCUGCUGCUGCUGCAGGUUGCGCUUGUGCUGCUGCAGCAGCAUUUAACGGAGACACGGAUAGCAGCAAUAACACCAACAGAUGCAAUCCUUCUAACAGAUUUGCUGCUGCUGCUGCUGCCAGCAGCACCUGUUGCAGCAGCAGCACAGCAGGGAAGCACAGAAGCAGCAACAGCAGCAGAAGCAGCAGCAGCAGCAGAAGCAGCAGCAGCAGCAGAAGCAGCUGAGGGUUUGCUGUUGCGCACUAACUGGGUGACAACUUUCCUCAGACGCAUCGUAAAGCUGCUGCAGGAAGAAUCUGCUGCUGCAGCAGCAGAAACAGCAGCAACAGCAGCAGGUAGCAGCAGCAGCAGCAGCAGCAGCUUCGGGGUGAGGGGUUGUUUGUCUCUGUUUUCUUUUGCUGCUGCCUUGAAGGCACGGGCACCUGAAGGCGGGGAGCUGCAGGCGGCACUGCAGCAGCUGCUGCUGCUGCUGUGCACGGAGAGGGUUUUGCUGCUGCAGACAACCAUAAACCCUCGAGAAAGAGCGCAGCUAGCUGAGGCCUUAAGCAGGCUCGGCCUUCCCAAUGUCAUAGAAAUGAAGACAACGCCAAAACCCCAAACCCUCACUUGUCAACCGCCUAGGGUUUAG